CAGCAAGAUCACUGCACUGAGAGGACCGCCUCCUCCUAUAAAACCAUCAGCUCUCAGCCAAAUACGUAUCAGUGACCAAUCUGACUUCUCACCUCGCAGCAAUGGCUUCCAAAACUUUCAUUCUCUUCGCCGUAGUCGCAGUCGCAGUCGCGCUGCUGAGCGUUGCCACCGCGAGGCAAUGCGAGGGCGGGAGACUCGACAUCCUUGAAGCGCAGAUGGACGUCUGCUUGAAACACAUCGCACCUUCCCGCGACUACCUUCCUUCAAUGUGCAGCAGACAAGUCAUCGCAAAAAUGGAACAAAAAGGAACCCGUUGCCGAGUGCAGAACGCCGUAAGCCUCCUGUAUAAGUGUUUAUAUUACCACGACGGAGCUGAGCAGGCCAAGACUUGCCUCCAGAAGUCUAUUGACAACGGAAUCUGUUGUUAACCACCGAAUUUUACAAUAUUGUAAAUAUGUAUUAAUUAAACUUACGUGAAAAGUGAAGGAAA